AACGUCCUUCGCGACUGGUUUGCUGCCCAGGGGCCCAACAAAAAGAGAGAAGAGAGCAGAAUUUUGCGUUCCCACCGUCUGUGAGUUUUUGAAAGCAGCAAUGUCCUUUAUUUUAGUGUUUUGUUUGCUGCUCUGCAAAUUAGCAGUGACUGAAGGGCUGUCUUGUUCUUCUUCAAAUUCUCGUGACCAAAACAAGAACAUUUUAUUGCAAAGUUCAUCUGGAGUCAUUGAAAGCCCAGGGUAUCCAGAUGGUUACUCUUAUGAGGUGAUCAGCCAAUGCCACUGGAAGUUAGUAGCCCCAGAGGGUAAAAUGGUUCGCUUGACAUUUCUGAGUUUUCAAAUGAAUGAUUAUGAUAUAGUGGAAAUCAAAGAUCCUGUUGAUAAUUGGAGUGCCUACCGCUCGAUAAUGCGAUCUGGUUAUUUGCCUACAUUCACUAUAUUCUCAACUGGACGGCAGCUUGAGAUAAAGGUGUCAGGAAAUCGCGGAAAAACUGGUCCAGGAUUUUCUGCAACUUACAAGAUGGUACCUGCUGCAGUUUCACAUGGAAAAUGCAACCCUGAAAAAAAUACCACAGUGCACCUGACAGGUGAAGGGAUGAGUUUUUUUACUCCGAAAUUUCCUAUGUACUUGGGCAAAGGAGCUGCUUGUGUUUGGAACAUCACAGUUUCUGGUGGAAAGUUUAUCAAGCUGACAUUUUGGAGUUUCAGAGCCUCUGGAUGUGAGAAGAACUAUGCAAAUGUUUCUGAAGUGACAAAUGGCAAACAGACAUUCUUAGAAAAGUUCUGUAAUAAUCAAUACAGAAGUGAUCAGGUGGUAUACUCAUCAGGACACAAUCUACUUAUCUCUGCACUAUUCAAGAAAGGUGGAUUUGUUGCCACCUUUGAGGCUGUCAGCUCCAUUCCUGGUGGAGAUUCUUGUCUCAAUGAUGACGAAAUAGAGCUGAGUAGAAGUUCUGGUGAAUUUGCAAGUUAUGGCUUUCCCAAUCUCUACCCUAACGAUGCUAAGUGUACCUGGACAAUAACAGCCCCCCCUGGGUAUCUCAUUCAGUUAACUUUUAACUCAUUCAACUUGGAGCCUUCUCAAAAUUGUAAAAAAGAUUUUGUGAAGGUUGUGGAAGGCACACUCUAUAUUGAUAGUCCGGGUAACACUGUUCUUGGCACUUUCUGUGGUUCAACAUUACCAGGAGUUAUUCGAUCAAAAUACUCAACAAUGUACAUAAAUUUUGAGACAGACAGAGCAGGAAUGUACCGAGGCUUCCAUGCAAGCUUCAUAACAUUUCCUGACCCGAAUGUGGGACCCUGCAAACUUGAUGGAUUUGACAAUGUUAUUCAAAUGACAGGCAGCAAAGGGGAAGUUUUUUCGCCCAAGUUUCCUCCGGGGACCCCUCCCAGAGACAUGAUGUGCACAUGGACAAUCACAGUUCCUGAGAGACACUUUGUCAGGUUCAACAUGAUUUUAUUCAGGUUUGAUGGCGACUGUGGGAAAUGGAACACCAGCCUUGAAAUUCGCGAUGGAGGGAGUUCAGCCAGCAAUUUGUUAAAGUUAUACUGUGAAUAUAUCUUUUAUGGACGAGAGCUCUUCUCUAGCGGUCGGCAACUUUGGGUUAGGUUCAAAUCUCCCAGGGCUGAUUGGUCGUUUUUGCCUCGGUUCAGAGCAGUUUUUGAAGCAGUGAAACAAUUACCAGCCCCCUAUUCUUGCGUGACAGAUAAGCGCGACUUUGAUCUGUCGUCGGAGACUGGUGCCCUAGCCAGCUACAACUACCCUCUGCCGUAUGAUCUGCCGUAUACAGUUGACUGUACCUGGACAAUUAAGACUGGGAAACUGAGAAAAAUCCAACUGUGGUUCGACUCGUUUAAUCUAACAGACACCAAUCCAGAGUGUUCGCAUUCUGAUGUCGUCGAGGUCGGAGAUGGCGACUGGUCUCUGGGUGGGACACUGAUUGGAAAAUUCUGUGGAUCACAGAUGCCUCCAGUUAUAAACUCAAAUGACUCCACCAUGUGGGUCCGGUUUAUUACCACUGGAAAGACGAAACAUCCCGGAUUUAAAGCGAGCUACAAAUCAGUUGUGUCCACUCAAGGCAUUCUGGUGAUACUGGCCGGUUGUCUCGGUGGGGUUCUUCUUUGUUUAGUGAUUGGAAUUGGAUGCCACAGAUAUUGCAGGUCACGUCGAUAUCGAGCUACACGCGGUGACGAAAUUUUAGUUAUUCCGUUGCGCGAAGAAGAUGUCGCCACUGAAUUGUAAAUGAGCCUGUUAAUAUGAACCAUGAAUUCUUAGACCAGUGUUGCUUCAGUAAUACUAAAGCUGCACGUGAUUUUGAGGUCAAAUGAAGGGUGACUCUCUUGCAGCAAUUAUAAACUCCAAGUCGAUUUUUGCUCUCCAUGCAUUGCAAGAACAUUGGUGGAAAGAAGAGACUUCUCCUACUUUAGAAAUCACCUACUGGUGCUCAGAGAAAAAAAGGAGAAAAAAAGAUGAACUUACAACAGGGGGUUGCUAUACCAAACCUAGGGUAAAGCUGGGUUAAUUUUGGUGGACCAUAUUCUGAAAAAUAUUCAGAAAAGUGAUAUAACUUUAUUUGUUUUGAAUUGUACACAUCACUGAAUUUAUAACACGAUGAUACCUUGGACAUUGUUAACUACAGUUAAACUGUAAUAUUAAAU